AUGGCAGCGCAGUGGCAACAGGGUGGCGCUGAAUACCUCCAUCUUGUAGACCUUGACGGUGCGUUUAGCGCAGUAUCCGAUAAUCUCCGCAUCGUCAAGGAGAUUGUCGAAAUGCUUCAGAUUCCCGUCCAAUUGGGGGGAGGCAUCCGGACGAUGGAAAGGCUAGAUGACGUUCUGGGGCUCGGUGUGACAAGGGCAAUUCUGGGCACGGCUGCCCUCAAAAAUCCGCUGUUGGUCGAAGCCGCAUGUAAAAAGCACGGAUCCCGAAUCGCUGUCGGUAUUGAUGCAAAAGAUGGGAUGGUUGCCACAGAAGGUUGGCUUGAUGUCUCUGAAAAACCCGCCCUCGCGUUCGCUAGAGAGAUGGAAGAUUGUGGGGUUCAAACCAUCAUCUAUACAGACAUCAAAAGCGAUGGUAUGCUCCAAGGACCCAACUUGGAAACUACGGAAGCCAUCGCUAACGCUGUGUCGGCGAACGUUAUCGCCUCUGGUGGGAUCACAUCAAUUCAAGAUGUUCAAGCCCUCAAAGCAAUAGAGGUUCACGGUGCAAUCGUCGGUCGAGCUUUCUAUACCGGUGCCUUAGAUCUGAAAGCCGCAAUUUCCAUCGCCCGCUAG